UCCAAUUUAAUUUCUCAUCAUGCUUAUUCUGUAGUUCACAUUAAGUCCAGAGUACUGAGAACGGAAAGAGUGGACUCUCUAGACAUCAGAUAGUUGGCCAUGGUAUUGACCAUGGCAUCUCAGGAAUCCCAGAACAUCUUCCAGUCUUUCUCUUCUUGGAUAUCCCGGGUUUAUGAAGCUCUCCAGCAAGCAGGGGAAACGUUAUCAGCUCCACUGGUUAAUUUAAACAAACAAGACUCUAAAUUGAGUGACAAGCUAGACCAGGACUUAGAUGAUAUUCAGAUUCAGGAGACUUACUUUGAAGAUGAAGAACAAGACAAUAAUUGGAGCCAAGAAGAUGCAAAUGACUUCUUUCUUGAAGAGGAUCAGUGUUGUAAUACUGAUUUACAGGACUCUAUCCAAACUUCAAGUCCCAGACUUAGCCAACAUGCAAAGGACUCAUGUUCCAUAAUAUUCCAGUGGCCCGUUCAGACCCUGAAUGACCCAAAGGCCCCACAUGGGUUUUCUUCUAUUGCUGAGGAAGAGCAUCACCUUGCAAAGCAAAGAUGGGGCCUUCAACACAGCUCUGACAGCCAGCUUCCUGGCACUUUAGAAAAAGUUAAUGGAAAAAAGCAAGUUAACAGUAUUGGGGAUGAUGAAGAACCAUCCACAUCUUCUGACAGUGACGAGGACGUGAUCAAACAAUUUGAGAUUUCUGUAUCUCGGUCCCAGAGUUUCCGUUCAAGAGCUUCUGAGAAAGGAAAACAGCAGGAAUUGGAGCAGAAACCCAAGUGUGGCCAUUUGCUCCCUACCUGUGAGGAAGACAGCCCUGGAGUGUCUGCCUGCAAAGAUUUGGAUGGAACCAGCCAACUGAGUUACUCUGAGAUUCUGUCUUACAAAGAUCAUGCCACCACUUCACGGUCCCCAUGUGAGCAAGGUGACACCAGACACCAUGGCACCUCUCACCAAGAGACCAGUGUGGUUCGAAGCCUCAGCCGUCAGUCCACAGAGGGCAGCUUGGAGAUGGAAACAGAUUUUAAUAACCGGGGGUUUGAAGAUUCCUAUGCCACUGACAGCUCCUCUGUAUGGAGUCCAGAGGAACAGGACAGGACCAGCUUGCAGGUGCCAUCCGGGGUCUUGGAUCCCAUCUCCAAGUGUGGUGACCUAGAUGUCAUCUUUGAAUAUCGAACUGCAACCCAGAAGCUCACAGUGACCAUAGUGAGAGCGCAGGGCCUCCCAGAUAAGGACAGAAGUGGUGUCAACGCCUGGCAAGUUCAUGUCGUGCUGCUGCCCAGUAAGAAACAGAGGGGCAGGACAAGCAUACAGAGAGGGCCCCACCCUGUCUUCAAGGAGAAGGUCACCUUUGCCAAGCUGGAGUCCAGAGACGUGGCUUCCUGUGCUGUCCGCUUCCGCCUGUAUGCUGCCCGUAAGAUGACCCGAGAGAGAAUGAUGGGGGAGAAGCUGUUCUAUCUCAACCACCUACAGCCAGAAGGGGAAAUGAAAGUGACUCUGGUUCUGGAGCCAAGAAGUAAUAUAAGUAGUGGAGAGUCGCCGCUCAGCCCAUCUGCGGUUUCUCACAGUGAUAGUGCUUCAUCCACGCAGUCACUGUCUCAUGGAGGGGCGCCAGAGCUGUUGGUGGGGCUGUCCUACAAUGCCACAACGGGGCGAUUAUCUGUGGAAAUGAUCAAAGGCAGCCAUUUCCGAAACCUCGCUGUUAACCGAGCACCUGAUACAUAUGGAAAACUCUUCCUCCUCAAUUCUGUGGGCCAAGAGAUGUCCAGGUGCAAGACAUCCAUUCGCCGUGGUCAGCCCAAUCCUGUUUAUAAGGAGACCUUUGUUUUCCAGGUGGCGCUCUUUCAGCUGUCUGAUGUCACAUUGAUGAUUUCCAUUUAUAACAGGCGUACUAUGAAGCGUAAAGAGAUGAUUGGCUGGAUUGCUCUGGGCCAGAAUAGCAGUGGAGAGGAGGAGCAAGAUCACUGGGAGGAAAUGAAGGAUACCAAAGGCCAGCAGAUCUGCAGAUGGCACACUUUGCUGGAAUCCUAGGUGUGCAGCUGGCAUUUGUGUGUUAUGUCUGCUUUGGUCACCUGUGUGGCUGGCUACUGAUACAAAGUCUAGUGUGUCCUAGCAAACUUUUCAGGCUUUCAAAGAGAGAUUUUACUAACCCUUGGACAUUCAGAGUAGGAGCUUUGGGUUUCUCAAAGAUUUGAUUGGGAUUUAAAUAUUGUAAUAGAAAACCAUAUACAGAGCCAAGUGUACAACAUAGAAAAUGUUACUGUAGUUGAGACUAUGGAUGAUGAGUUAAUUUGUGCUAACAGAUUAUUGAGUUUUGGUUCACACUGUGGGAUAAGGCUUCUCCUGCUGUCUCUGUUUGCUUGGAGAGUAACCUGAGAUUACAAGGGAGCUGUUAAAUGUUACUAUUUGCAAUCACUUAGGUGUAUGAAUCAGAUUUUUCUCAGUGCAAAAAAUUCCAAAACGUAGAAAUGAAUCAGAUGCUGAGGCUCAUAAGAAAAUAUAACUGUAAUUCAUAACCCUUUAUUUCAUGUUUUUCCCUUUAUCAAAAAAAAACAUUUACAUUAAAAGUAAAUAUUAUAAACUUCUGCUUUCAAAAUAAAUUUGUAUCAAUU